AUGGACGCUGAUUCCUCUUGGACUGCUCGUCUCUCUUCCGCAUCCAGACGGUAUCAAGCCGCUCUUCAAUCUCGAUCAGAUAUGUUCAUGGGUUUUGAUGAAAACGAUGUGGAAGAAGAUAUAAGGGAAGAGUUUCUGUGUCCGUUUUGUUCUGAGUAUUUUGAUAUUGUUGGAUUGUGCUGCCAUAUUGAUGAAGAGCAUCCAAUGGAAGCAAAAAAUGGGGUAUGUCCAGUUUGUGCAUUGAGGGUGGGGGUUGAUAUGGUUGCUCACAUAACCUUACAACAUGGAAAUAUAUUUAAGAUGCAGCGCAAGAGGAAAUCACGUAAAGGUGGAUCUUAUUCAACGCUUUCGUUAUUGAGGAAGGAGCUAAGAGAAGGAAAUUUGCAAUCCCUUUUUGGUGGGUCUCAAUGUAUAGUGUCCUCGUCUAAUGCAGCACCUGAUCCGCUGCUGUCUUCAUUCAUAUCGCCUUUAAGUAAUGAAUCUAUGAGUUCUCAGUCUCACACACAUACUGAGACAAGAUCAUCCAAGAAAGGCUCGGACGAGACUGUGCCAAAAAGUGAGUGCCUUAUUGCAAACAAUGUCUUGUUCCUCGCGAACCAUGUGGAGACACCAACCAUGUCAGUUAAAGAUAAGGAGGAGAAGACGAAAAGAUGCGAGUUUAUUCAAGGGCUGUUGAUGUCCACCAUACUUGAUGACGAUUUAUGA